GGACCCCCCUUGCACCGCAGCGCCGACCCGCAGGAGGGAAAGGGGACAAAACCCCCGGCGGGUGGCCCGGGGACAGUUUGGGGUCUGUCUGCAGGGCAGUGGCUGAUCCCGGCGCGCCACGCUGCCCCGCGUGGGGCGGUGUGACCGUGUAAACACGAGCCUAGCCCUGCGCUAGGAGGCUGCCGGGCCCGGCGGGCGGUGCUGGCGGCUUAUGGCCUUUGCCUUUCCUCUGCCGAGCUGAGCAGGAUCCGCUCCCCGCAAGCCCCGGGCGCGCCCCGAGAGGCAGAGCCCGCCUCUGGACCCUGUGUCCCGGGCGAUGGUGGCGGAGGCGCUCGGGCAGUGGCCCCGUGGCUGAGCGCCCAGUUCCUGGGUCUCUUCCCGGUCCACUUCUCCUGUAUCCAUGGCAAAUAUUGGAGAAAAAGUUGUGUGCCUGAUUGCCUAUCACCUAUUUUUCAUGCUGUUUGUCUGGUCUUACUGGAAAACAAUCUUUACAUUACCAGUGAAUCCUUCAAAAGAAUUCCAUCUGUCAUAUGCAGACAAAGAACUGCUGGAAAGGGAGCCUAGAGGUGAAGCCCAGCAAGAAAUUUUUAGGCGAGCAGCCAAGGACCUUCCUAUCUAUACAAGGACAAUGUCUGGAGCAAUCAGAUACUGUGACAGAUGCCAACUUGUAAAACCAGACCGCUGCCAUCACUGUUCCGUGUGUGACAAAUGUAUUUUGAAAAUGGACCAUCAUUGCCCUUGGGUGAACAACUGCGUUGGAUUCUCCAAUUACAAAUUUUUCCUUCUUUUCUUGGCUUAUUCUCUACUGUACUGCAUUUUCAUUGCUGCAACAGAUUUACAGUAUUUUAUCAAAUUCUGGACAAAUGGCCUUCCUGAUACUCAAGCCAAGUUCCAUAUCAUGUUUUUAUUCUUUGCUGCAGCCAUGUUUUCAGUCAGUUUAUCCUCUCUCUUUGGUUAUCAUUGUUGGCUAGUCAGCAAGAAUAAAUCUACAUUAGAGGCAUUCAGAGCACCUAUAUUUCGUCAUGGAACAGACAAGAAUGGUUUUAGCUUAGGCUUCAGCAAAAAUCUAAGACAGGUGUUUGGUGAUGAGAAGAAAUACUGGCUGCUCCCUGUAUUUACAAGUCUAGGAGAUGGUUGCUCCUUCCCAACUUGUCUUGUUAACCAAGAUCCUGAACAAGUUUCCACACCUGUUGGACUUAAUUCAACAACCAAAAACGAGAAUCACAUUUUUCCUCCAAAGACAUUACGAGAUUCCCAGAGCCACCUUCUUACUGAUACUCAGUCUUGGACGGAAAGUAGUGCAAAUACUGAAAAGGGCAAAGUUGUCCCCAAAGGUAUGAGCAAUCCUGGACUAACUGUGGAAAAUGAAACCUAGUCACUGUUAAUGGAAGCAUCUAAAUGCUCAAGGAAAGUUCAAGGUAAAGCUGCUGAUGAAAGGAAGAUACAAUCUUCCAAAAAUCAGCCCCCAUCAGCCAGCUGUUCCUGUCUGCUCCUGUGUGGAUAUGCUCAGAAGAAAUUGACAGCUGAUUAGCUGUUGCCAUGUCAUUGCUUGAAACAUAAGACAUACUGAUAUUUUUGAACUGUAUAAAGAAUGUUUCAACAUACACAAAUUACUGUUAAAAUGCUAAAGGACAUUUCUGAGUAUUAUGAAAGGAGAAAGGGAGAAUCCUUUCGUUAGGAUUAGCGGGACAAAAUUUACAAUUGUGCAAUUCUAGGGCUAGUUUUUACUUUGGUAUUCUGAUAGCACAAGAAAACAAACUCCUUAUAUAUAGCCCGUCUAUGCUUUUACAUCAGUUUUGAAUCUUGAUAUUACUUAUGAAUUUCAAUGGCCGUAAGUAGGUUAUCUAAAAAAAAAGAAUUAUACAUUUUGUACUGCUGGCUUUAUCCUUGGAAAAGCAUUAUUAGCAUUGAUUUUUGGUAAUUGGGUGGCUUACUGAUUGGUCAGGUACCAUAUUUUGAUUUCAGAUUGACUGAGUCAGCUAAUUUAUGAUUUAAAAUCAACCUACAUGAAUUAGGUUGGAUCAUCUUAGACUUGAUUGCAGAUAAUAUCCCCUCUUCCCCUAUACAGAUAUGACUGCUGAACUGUAAACACUUGAUAGCUGAAAUAACCUCUCACCUAACUGGAUUGUGUGCUUACAGUUCAGGUUAAUCUUCAUUCUUAGCAGAAUAGUAAGAAGAGGCCCAUAUUUAGGAUUGACUGUGUGUGUAAAUGGAGGUGUUUAGAUCAGGGCUUUCAGUUACAGCUGCACAGGAUGAUUUCUAUGAAAUUGGGAUUAGUGUGAUACAGCUUCUUGGUUUGGGCCAGUAUCUCUUUAGAAAAACAAAAUGUAUGGACUUAAUGUUACUUAGAAACAUUUGGACCAAAAAAUGCUUAAUCUAAAUUGUGGACUUUGAGAAGUACAUGGCCCAAGAACAUUAAUAUGCUUCUCAUAGCUUGGUAGUCAUUAGACUAAUUAUUGAACAUAAGCUCAUUCUUUUCUCAGUUGUAUUUAAAAUGUUGCAACUUAAUGAUGUACUUACAAAGAGACUUUCAUGGUCAUAACAAUAUGCAGUAUUUGCUCUAUUACAGGGACACUGGACAUCUGAUCACUCACAUCAAAAACCCAAACUUAUUUCCCAUAGAAAACCUUUUACAGUGAAAGUAGGAAGGAGAUGUUGGAUUUCAAAGGAUCAAAGUUUACCAGCCAGAUUUAAAAAAAGAAGUGUAUUGCUAGUUUCUGAAACCAAGGAAGUUUCAGCGACACAAACCUUACUCUGUCUUGUGCCUUUAUAUGCACUACACUUACGGUAUUACAAAAUGUUUACAUAAAAUGCAAAGUAUGUUAAUUGCAAAACCAUUUUAAAAAUAAUUAACUUUCUAGUGGGCUAGCUAGAAAAAUUAAAAUAGGGAUCUUUAAAAUUGCACUUAAGACUAUGGGAUCAGGGCACAGUUGAGAAGUAGAUAGGGAAUUCAGCUCUCAAAACUCAGUUGAUGAUCAGAUUGGGUCACAGGAUUACAUAAAACAGAAAGAUAAAGUACAGGAUAUAAAACUGAUCGAUUAUUCUUUCUGUAUUUGUAAUAGCAGGAAGGUAAAUCUUUAAGAAACAAGAAAUGUUCAGAACACAGAGGAACUGGAGUGAAUUACUGUUAAUAGGAUUUUUUUUGUUUCCAGUAAAUCAUCAUUAUUAUUAUUAUUAUUAUUACCUCUUUUACAACCAUGUAAUUCUAGAUCAUUGGUUCAUAAUUGUUCUCCUGAGAUGGUUUUAACCAUUAUCACUUUUAGAUGAGAAUUUUGAUCUGACAUGGACCAAUGUCUCUGUAGAAAAAUGUUCAGUAGGUAGGGUUUUAAUGUUUUUUUUUAUUAUUAUGAAUGAGCUUUUUCCUUAAAUUUUACUCAUCUGAAGACAUCUCUUACGGAUUCCAUUACCAGAAGUGCCAGAAUAUGAUCUAUAGAUGUGGAACAUUUUUAAACUAGCCUUUGAGGGUAACACUGUUUACAUGAUACAUGUAAACAUUUUGCUGCCAGAAUUUCCUCAGUGUUACUCUGUCAGGAGUUUACUUUGUAUCAGUGUUUAUUUAAAAGUUGGUAACUGUCAACAUGAUUAUAGAGAUGGGGUGGAGAAAGAACUAAAUACUUUAUUCUUCAUGCUUUCAUAAUCUGUAUAUUUGUUUGUAAGUAAUUAUUCAGCUGCAGUAUUGUCUGUCAAUCACGAGUGUGCAUUAAAAAUAUAUACAUAUGACAUGUCCAACUUCUUAAAAAUUAGCUUUAAUGUAACUUGCCUAAUAUUCUAUGUAACAGUAAAUACGAUUUAAUAUACAGUAUCUUUGCAGUAAAAUUCAUGCCAGAAGGGGAUCCCUCUAAAUCUGGAUCUCCUUCCUCCUCUGAAGAGUGAUCUGUGCAGGGGAAGGAAGAAGAAUGUGGGCAGCUCUUCGGUGGGUUGGGAACAGGGAAUGCCCUUCAGCCCUUCUCCAGAAAGAAGGGUUAAAAAGUAAUACAUCCUCAGAGGGGUUCCUAGAGCAGCAGUGACCAGCUGUAGUCUGGAGCAGCUCUCUCACUCCAGGGAGGAAGGGGUAGAGGUGGUUGUGUGUGAUCACUAAGGCCUGUUUUGUGUACGGAGGCAAAUCCCCACAUGCAAAUGAUUUGAGAAAGGAUCAUUGUGGAGUUCCCACCACCACCUACUGCAGAUUCUAUGGUAGGACAAAGCUGUCUGGGCCCUCAUUAAAUUAUUAUUCCUGACUUGUGUUUGAUGAGGACUCUGAAAGCUUUCUAUAUGAGGGAACAUAGCUUCUUUUCAAAGCCUUGUGGUUCAGCCAUUGUGGUAUUACAAUGCAAAUAUGAGAUUUUGUUUUUGGGGGGGAGAGAACAAUCCUAGAGCAAGACUGUAACUAUAGGAAUUGUCAGAUUACAUUGAUUCUUUUGGUCAGCAUAAAUUUGUUGGGCACUUGACUGUACUCGAACAUGUGUAAGACUCGUAUUUUUUUUAAAUGUAAGAACACAGUGUUUUAUAUUUAUUGUACUAGCAACUUCUUGUUGCUGAUUUUCUGUUAAUUAUGGUCCUGAUCCUGGGAUGCACAGACAUACCCCACAGACACUAACUUCAGUGGGAUUCUGGAUGGGCCUGAGUCCCCCCCAUUUCAUCCAGGCUCUAUAAUAAGUCAGAAUUAAUUCCCCCCCAGGUGUGUAGAUAAUUUGUAUGAAUUUAAAAUUACUGGACACUCACAUCUAUUUAACAAUUCAUUACAACAGACUAAAAUAACUACACAUCUGCUGGUGCAUAGGUCCACAUGGAUUCUGAACCCCACUUACGUAACUGAAAUAUUUUGUAAUCUAGAAAUCUCUUUUUCCAGAGAGAGAGGGAAUUUAUAUUUUUAUAAAGAAAAUUGCAAACUUAAAUGUUGAGCUCCACCCAUUUAAUCACUUUGUAAUUGUAGACCAGGUGCACCUAGGUUGUUUUUAACGCCUGUGGAGAUCAUAACUACAAUGAAAGUGGUCUAAUACUGUCAGUUUUUCAAGUAAAGAAACAAAUACCAAUGUUUGUGCAUCACUUGAGUAUUAGGUGUUAAACAAUGAAAACUAGUCACGUCUACUAUAAAUACACCAGUAGAUUUUUCACAUCUGUCUUUUUGCAGUUUGUCCACACAAAAAUCAAAUGCUGAAGGCAAGAGUGAAUGAAGAACAUGGUAUAUUUCUAUCAGGACCUGUUUUAGUGCAUGGCCCUAUUUAAUGCAGCACAAUAUUUUGAAUGAUUGUUGUCUUGAACACCUUAUGGAGUAAAAGACAGCACUGUCAUGCUCUCCCUUCCUAAUAGUCAAUGGAUAAAAUAAAUAAAAGGCUACAAAAAGAUAUUAAUCUCUACCCACAGUGAGGGUAUUAAACUAGUCCCACUAGUUUAGGAGGAAGCUUCUGUAGGACAACUAACAACUUGGGAACAAGCCAUCCCAUUGCAUAAACUGUAAAUGGUGUUAGGCAGCCAAAUACAGAAUUUUGUCAGAUAGUAGGAGUGAAAGCUACUGCAGCUCCCACUGGAAAAGUAGUAGCUAAGGAUCCAGGUUACAGGAAUACUGUGUAUGAAAUAAAUGAUCAACUGCAUCACAGAAGGGGAGACUGAAUUGUUGAGAGGAAGAAACAAUGAACCCACCUCUGCUCUGAUACAUAAUGUUGCCAUUGAUUUUAUAUAGCUAGUCUACAGCUGUAACUGAGAUCUGACUUUAGCCCACUCUCUCUCUCUCUUGUUCAGUUAUGAGCCCAGUGUGGUGUUUUGCAUGCAACACACCUAACUAGGUACCAAAUGGAUUGAGGAUGACUGUUGCUGCUUUAGAUUAUCAUCUCUAGGAAGCAUUUAUAAUAUACAGGGCAAUUUCACAGGUGGGGUGGGGGGAAAUAUUUUGUUACAGACUGAUGCUCUCCCCUUCCUUCAAGAUUGUACUAAGAACAAGAAGCAAGUUUGAGAACACUAAGGUGCACAUUAGGUAUGCCUUUAGCUUACUAGGACAGCAUUUUUCCCUCUGGACUUUUCCCACACUUUACCAUGAGUAGCAAAACACUCUACAAGCUGAGCUGUCAGAAAAAUCAGCUUCCAAGAGCUCUCUCUCAAAACAAUUUGGAUAUUUUCUCUUAGUGACCAUUGUUCCAGAACAACUGAGUAUGCAUUGCUGAGAAGUGAUAGUGUAUAUACCUAGUGAUGUUGCACAAAUCCUGGAGGAGCUUGUUGCUUUUGUUUGUAUUCUGUAAACAGUAUUAUGUAUUUUUGUAUCAUGUUAACUUGCUGCUGGAAAAAAAUUAAACUCAUUUUGCUUAUGCAAGAGAUCAA